UCCGGGUUUUUCGUUGUUCGUGUGAGAGUUCACAGGGCAUGCAAAGGUCGUGUUGUUCUUUUGCUUUUAACUCGUGAUGUGAUGGCUUUCUCACUUUGUUCAUGAGAAGGCAGUUGCCGCCGGCCUUGUCCCACUUCGCCCGGACAGUGAAGCUGGUUCGGCCUCCCUCCGCCAGAGCACCGCUGCUGCGGAGGAGGCUGCACGGCUCCCCCCGGCUGAGGCUCGGAGAGAAGGAACCUUGGCUGAAGACCCGGGGGCCAGAGCAGCAGUACCAACUCUCAGACCUAGACAAGGCGGACGCUUUGAUGCUGCGAAAGUCCCAUGAGACAGGAUUCCUCUCGUGGUUCAGGAACGGUCUGCUAGCGACUGGAAUCGGAGUCAUCGCAUUUGUCCAGAGCGAAGUGGGGCGAGAAGCAGGAUAUGCCUUCUUUAUUCUGGGAGGGGUGUGUGUGUCGUUUGGCGGCGCCUCGUACAUUGGCAGCCUUUUUUCCCUGCGGAGGAUGAUGCUGCUGUCUGUGCCAGCUCUGCUGCUCCAGAGCGCUGCGGUGGGCAGCGUUGCCCUCUUCUGGCUCUGUGCGGUAUCGCUCUACAUCGGCCGUCUGGAGGUGGAGAUCAUCCACGAGGGGGAAGAGGAGGAAGAGGAUGAGGAGGAAUGCCGGGAGUGCCGCGAGAGGCGCGAACACAGGGGUUACCGCGGCUCCCAUGACGGCAGACAUCACAACAGUGAGGACAAUGACAGCAAGGGGCCAAAUAAGUAGACAUUUGGAUGGAGCAAGUGUGUUAGUGUGUUGCUAUGAUUCAGGGCUUCCCCUUAUCCGUAUGUGUGUGUGCAUGCGAGCAGCCUACAUAUCCACAUGUUGGCUGUGUGAGUCUCUAUCAAUACAGACUCUUGUGUAUUGUCAUUUUGAUGGAAAGAAUAUUGUUUGGAUGAAGAAAUCCUUUAACACCUUUAAGAAAACUGGUCAUAAAAGGCUGAAAUCUUAAUGGGUUGACUACAUUGAUUUCUGCUGAAUAAAUCAGCCUUUUGUACAUUUUCUUAUAAUCAGAUAUAUUCAAAGAUGCUUCGGUUUCAUCAUCAAUUCAGAGACUUAAUGAGAACAUUAUAGAUCUGUUCAUAGUUUUCACUGCACUGUAUACAAUAUUUUUUGGGCCAUUUCUUUGGCCGUUUUGUCUUAUCAACUUGUUCAACCUAAUUAACUCUGACUGCUGAAUACUUGAAGUCUUCAUAAAAGUACUGAAAUAAAGCAAGGUGGUUGUGAUAUGCUAUGUUAUCUAAAAAGAAUGGGUCAUAAUGCUCAUUUCAGGUCUGUCUUCAAUGGUGGCUUACAAUAUUAUUUUACAGAGGUUUAAAGGUGAAUUCUUUUUAUCAAUUGUUUUGAUAGGGCAAAAGCACUUUUGUCAGUUUGUUUGCCGCUGUAUAGAAACUUUACACUUUUAGUGAAAGGGUAUUUUUACCACAGCCUUUUCCUGAGGUUAUACAGUUUGUACAUUCAUGUACUGUACCUAAAAAUAAACAAACGAGUUUAACUUAUGAGUUGAUUUUACACCAUCUGCUGAUUACUGCAAUUGCUGUUGUAAUGGAUGUGAAGUAUGGUUGAGAGUUGAUGAUACUGAAUGGUGUGCAACAAUCGGGUUCACUUUGUUUCCUUUUUUUUUCUUUCUAUAUGCACAAAUUGUAGUGCACCGUACUGUACAUACAGUAAUAAAGCAAGAAGAAAUCA